AUGGCGGAUAACGUGUCUGCUUCGACUUCGUCGACCCAUGCGCCGCCACAGCCUCCGACUGCUGCCUCGAACCAGCAGUACGAUGCGUCCCAGGGAAACGGCCAAACCAAUCCCUCCCACAUGCCACCCCCGCCUCGCCCUCCUGUGAUUAUUCCUCAGAACACCAACCCUAUUCCGACCGCUAUUACCUCCCCGAUGUCUGGAGGUAUGGUGUCUCCAACCAGCGCUGGCGGAUAUGUGCGUCGUGCAGCCCCUGAACCAAACAAGCGGGCCCUCUACGUUGGCGGCCUUGACCCGCGGGUGACGGAGGAUAUAUUGAAACAAAUCUUUGAGACCACUGGACAUGUCAUCAGUGUCAAGAUCAUCCCCGACAAGACUCAAUUCAACAACAAAGGGGCCAAUUACGGUUUCGUUGAGUUCGACGAUCCUGGUGCCGCUGAGAGAGCGAUGCAGACGCUCAACGGCCGUCGGAUCCACCAGUCGGAGAUCCGCGUGAACUGGGCGUAUCAAUCCAACACCACCAACAAGGAGGACACUUCGAAUCACUUCCAUAUUUUCGUCGGCGAUUUGAGCAACGAGGUCAACGAUGAGGUCCUUCUUCAGGCAUUCUCUGCUUUCGGUUCUGUCUCUGAGGCACGCGUGAUGUGGGACAUGAAGACUGGCCGCUCUCGUGGCUAUGGUUUCGUCGCUUUCCGUGACCGCGGAGACGCUGAUAAAGCGUUGAGUUCAAUGGAUGGAGAAUGGCUCGGUUCCCGUGCCAUUCGCUGCAACUGGGCUAAUCAGAAGGGGCAGCCCUCCAUUUCUCAGCAACAAGCAAUGGCGGCAAUGGGCAUGACACCCACAACACCAUUUGGCCAUCACCACUUCCCUACCCACGGUCUCCAGAGCUACGACAUGGUUGUCCAGCAAACCCCACAGUGGCAGACUACGUGCUAUGUCGGCAACCUUACCCCUUACACCACGCAGAGUGAUAUCGUUCCCUUGUUCCAAAACUUCGGCUACGUCAUGGAGAACCGUAUGCAGGCCGAUAGGGGGUUUGCGUUCAUCAAGAUGGACAGCCACGAGAAUGCGGCCUCGGCAAUCUGCCAACUUAACGGCUACAAUGUUAACGGACGCCCCCUGAAGUGCAGCUGGGGUAAGGAUCGUCCGCCCACCGGCCAAUUCGAUAACUUCUCCGGUCAACAGGGCAACUCGCCCUUCAGUUCCAGCCCAGGUCCGUAUUUCCCUCAGUAUGGUGGCCCUGGGGGUCCCAUGACUCCUCAAGGUAAAGACCGUUCUCGUUCGCCCUGUUACUGCCUGUUUCUGUGCAUAGUUAACCCGUGCGAUGCAUUAGGGCCAGCACAAGCUGGAAGAGGCUGGGAGCAGCCCCAAAUGGGCCAGCAGGGCUUUGGCCAGGUUCCCGGAAAUACCGGUUAUGGCCGUGGACAAGCCACGCCCAACUCUGGCUGGAACCAGGCUAACAAUGCCAAUUUUGGAAACGGCUUUGCCGGCGGCUACCAAGGAUAG